UUGGACCCUUCUCUAAUUUCAAUCUGAUCUCGUACUUUCCAUAAGUUUCUAGAUUUCUUGCGAUCAAUUUGUAUUGUUUCGAUUGUUAUCGUGCUCUGUUUGUACGUGUCCUUUUUGUGCCACGUCGACUUGAGCGCGUGUCGAGCUGCUCCUUCACGUCUAUUUAAGCGUUUGUUGACCGCAAUUUCACCCUCCAACCCGUAGCAGUCUGCGGCUCCGUCAAAUUCGACUUGCUUUUGCAGUUUGUUUCUACCCAUCUAGCUCUCUUAUCUUUCAGACUCCAGAGAAACACAACCUUACGUGACUUAACUCCCACUAUCAACCAAAAUGAAGACGUUAUUCCUUUUGGGCUUUGUUGCCCUUCUCGCCAUUGGCGUCUAUACUGAAGAGAAGAAAGAUGACAAGAAAGACACAAAGUACGGAACUAUUAUCGGUAUCGAUCUGGGAACCACAUACUCGUGUGUUGGUGUCUACAAGAACGGACGAGUAGAAAUCAUCGCGAAUGACCAAGGAAACCGUAUCACUCCAUCCUAUGUCGCUUUCGCAGCUGAUACUGGAGAGCGUAUGAUUGGAGAUGCCGCCAAGAAUCAGCUGACCAUCAAUCCUGAAAAUACAGUCUUCGAUGCGAAACGUUUGAUCGGACGAGAUUACAAUGACAAAACUGUUCAGCACGAUAUUCCACUGUGGCCCUUCAAAAUUGUCGACAGCAACAACAAGCCUCAUGUUACCUUGAAAGUAGGCAAAGACAAGAAACAAUUCACUCCAGAAGAAAUCUCAGCCAUGGUACUCGGAAAAAUGAAGGAAAUUGCUGAAUCCUACCUCGGAAAGGAAGUAAAACACGCUGUCGUCACUGUCCCUGCCUACUUCAACGAUGCUCAACGUCAAGCCACCAAGGAUGCCGGAACCAUUGCUGGUCUCAAUGUCGUCCGAAUCAUUAACGAGCCAACCGCAGCCGCUAUCGCCUAUGGUCUUGACAAGAAGGAAGGAGAACGUAACAUCCUCGUGUUCGAUCUUGGAGGCGGUACCUUUGAUGUGUCCAUGCUUACUAUCGACAACGGUGUAUUCGAAGUGUUGGCCACCAACGGAGACACUCACUUGGGAGGUGAAGACUUCGACCAGAGAGUCAUGGAAUACUUCAUCAAGCUGUACAAGAAGAAGACUGGCAAGGAUAUCCGCAAAGACAACCGUGCAGUGCAGAAGCUCCGUCGUGAAGUCGAAAAGGCCAAGAGAGCCCUGUCUACCCAACACCAGGUCAAGGUUGAGGUCGAAUCCAUCAUGGAUGGAGAGGACUUCUCCGAAACCCUUACCCGUGCCAAGUUCGAGGAGCUGAAUAUGGAUCUCUUCCGUGCUACCUUGAAGCCCGUCCAGAAAGUACUGGAAGAUUCUGAUCUAAAAAAAGACCAAGUGCACGAGAUUGUACUCGUCGGAGGUUCCACUCGUAUCCCCAAGGUACAGCAGCUCAUCAAGGACUUCUUCAACGGAAAAGAGCCAUCUCGCGGUAUCAACCCUGACGAGGCUGUCGCUUAUGGAGCUGCCGUCCAAGCUGGAGUAAUUAGCGGAGAGGAGAGCACUGGAGACAUUGUGCUUCUUGAUGUCAAUCCACUUACCCUUGGUAUCGAGACUGUCGGAGGAGUUAUGACCAAACUUAUCACUCGUAACACCGUCAUCCCAACGAAGAAGUCACAGAUCUUCUCUACUGCUGCCGAUAACCAGCCUACUGUCACUAUCCAGGUGUUCGAAGGAGAACGUCCGAUGACCAAGGACAAUCACGAACUUGGUAAAUUCGAUCUUACCAACAUCCCGCCAGCACCACGUGGAGUGCCCCAGAUCGAGGUUACAUUCGAAAUCGAUGUCAAUGGUAUCCUGCACGUAACCGCUGAGGAUAAGGGCACCGGAAACAAGAACCAGAUCACUAUCACCAACGAUCAGAACAGACUUAGCCCUGAAGACAUUGAACGAAUGAUCAACGAUGCCGAGAAGUUCGCAGAAGACGACAAGAAAGUCAAGGAGCAAGUCGAGGCCAGAAACGAGCUGGAAUCGUAUGCCUACUCGCUCAAGAACCAGAUCGGGGACAAGGAAAAACUUGGUGGCAAGCUCAGCGAUGAGGACAAGACGACUCUUGAGAUGGCAGUUGAUGAGACGAUCAAAUGGCUCGAGAGCAACCGUGAAGCUACCGUCGAUGAACUCAAGGAACAGAAGAAGGAACUCGAAAGCAAGCUGGGGAAGAAGCCGAACCAAAAGACGAGCUGUAAAUGUCGACAGUUCGUUAUUUCCACGGGUGUGAAUGUGUCUGCGUCGCGUUUCUUUACACAUGUGCUUCGCUGCGCAAACACGAAUGACUGA